CUGGUCUCCAGUUCACUUCAACAAUGAGACCAUUUUCGACUUUUGCCCAAAGUGCGGAACCCGAUUCGAUCCAUGGAUGGAUGGAUGGGUGAACAGUUGCUGGUGUAUUGGGCGUGUGUGUAUGUGCUCCUCCAUCUCGACCACAUUCACAUCUUGGGGGUCUCGCGGAACCAUCAACCCCAUCCAGUGAAUGAAUCCUACCUACUCGUACAUCUGUUCCAUGCCGGCUCUACUAUUGCCGCCGACCGGAAGCAGGUUGCAGUUGGGGCAACACAGCACACGACUGGAGCUGCAUCGCCAGGUCUGAUAUCAUGCAGCCUCGCGUGAGCUUUUGCAGGCGAUUGGUAUUGGGCGUGCAUACAAAC